GAGGAGGAAUAAGCCGUGAGUCGCAUAAACUUUCAAAAGACUUCCGAUAAAUCCAGGCAUCGCGCAGCUCGCGCAUCGGAACAGAUGGAUAAUGGAGACUGGGGAUAUAUAAUGACUGAGCCGAUCACUCUGAAUGUGGGUGGCCAUUUGUACACGACGUCGCUCACCACGCUCACGAGGUACCCCGACUCGAUGCUGGGGGCCAUGUUCCGGGGCGGCUUCCCCACUGCCAGGGACUCCCAGGGCAACUAUUUCAUUGACCGGGACGGGCCGCUUUUCCGGUACGUCCUCAACUUCUUACGGACGUCAGAGCUGACUCUGCCUCUGGACUUCAAGGAAUUCGACCUGCUUCGUAAAGAAGCGGACUUCUACCAGAUCGAACCCUUGAUACAGUGUCUUAACGAGCCCAAACCUCUGUAUCCCGUGGAUACCUUUGAGGAAGUGGUGGAGCUUUCCAGCACUCGCAAGCUCUCGAAAUAUUCCAACCCGGUGGCGGUGAUCAUAACGCAGCUAACCAUCACGACCAAAGUCCACUCGUUGCUGGAAGGCAUCUCUAACUAUUUCACCAAGUGGAACAAGCACAUGAUGGACACGAGGGACUGCCAAGUUUCUUUCACGUUUGGCCCAUGCGAUUACCACCAGGAAGUCUCCCUCAGGGUCCACCUGAUGGAGUACAUCACGAAGCAAGGCUUCACCAUCCGAAACACGAGGGUCCACCACAUGAGCGAACGAGCCAAUGAAAACACGGUGGAACACAACUGGACUUUCUGUAGACUGGCGCAGAAAACGGACGACUGAUUUCACCCUUUCUUUCCCCGUUUCUGUUCGUUUACUGUCCAAAAGCUAUGUAGCAGCUUCUCAGAACAAGGUAUUAG